AAUAAAGCAUAACUUAUCCUUUAAAAUGUGUGACGUUGUAACGGUGCAGAAAAUCGCCAACUGUCUGGGUAUUGAUCCCGGCAAGAUUGAGCUCAACGAUGAGCAGGUCGUAACGCGCACUGGCGCCGCAAACAAAACUGUUGCAGGCUUUGCCACAAUUCUCGAAAGUUUGGCACGCGAGUCCAAGUCGGAGACGGCACAGAAUAGCAUUGUGUCCAGGGAGGUGCAGGCACAGGUUUAUCAAUGGAUCGAAUUCGCGGUGUUAUAUGUAGCGCCUGGGUCGAAAGACAAAUAUGUGUCCAAGCAGCUGUUGGCCGACUUUAACAAGAUGUUUCUCAGCAAAUCCUAUCUGGUUGGACACUUUAUAACGCUCGCCGAUUUGGCUGUGUAUUAUGCCAUCAGUGAACUUGUGAAAUCUUUAUCGCCUGUGGACAAGGAGAACUAUCUGAAUUUGUCUAGAUGGUUUGAUCACUUACAGCAACGACCCGAAAUCCAUCAGGGGGAGCCAAUGCUGAACUUUACGACCAUUUAUCUUCACAACUGGGCCACAGGCACACACAUUUAGUUUGCAAAUCGAUUCCAUAUUUAUUUCUAUUGAAUCCCGCACAAUUUAAUGAAGAUUUUUGUGCAGGAUAAUGUAAUGCCAAUGAGUCAAGCGCUGGAAUCUUAAUUAUCGUUAUUUGUAGUCAGUUUUGGAAAAAAUAAUAUAUAUGCAAUUACAAAUUAUGUGAUUCGAUUUGUA